AUGUCAGUCUUCGUUGCCAAAGUUAAAAACGUUUUGAGUGGAGAUACAGUUGUGGUAACUCCGCCAAAGUCAACUCAAAUCCCUCCUCCGGAAAGAGUAAUUACAUUGCAAUAUGUGAGACCAAUUGACGACGUAUUGUCUAAGGAAUACCUUCGCCAAUUGUUGAUUGGUAAGGAGGUAAAGAUCAAAGUUGAGGGUAAAGCAGGCACAAGAGAAUUUGGCGAUCUCAAAGCCCCCAUUUUUGAUUCAUUGAUUGAGUACUUGUUAACAAACGGUUACGUCAAAUUGAGAGAUAAUGUUCCCGAAGAAGUGCAAGACCAUUUGCAACAAAUUGAAACAAAAGCAAAACAGCAACAAGCUGGACUUUGGAAUGAGAAAUUAAAAAGAGUCCAAUUGAGCCCCUUGGAUGAUGAGAUAACUCUGGUGUCUCAGACACAACCAUUGAAAUUUGUUGUGCAAAAGGUAAUCAGUGGAGAUCGUAUUGUGGCAUACAUAUAUGUCAACGACUACAAAGUUUCCGAGUCUACCUUUUUGUUAGCUGGUGUUAAAACGCCUAGAACUGAUGACGCAAACCAGCCAGCUCACUUGGUAAAAGUUGCGCAACAAGCCAAGCUUUUCAUUGAGGAGAAAUUGUUGACAACCAAAGCGACUUUGACAGCUUCCAUUAUUGGCAAGAGCCAAUCGGGUGUUCCUAUUGCUGUUGUCAAUCAUCCUCUGGGAAACGAUGUCAGUGAAAAGCUUUUGGAGUUGGGUUAUGCAGAGAUUGUUGAUUGGCAAUCCACUCUUGUUGGAGCAACAACAAUGUCCAAAUUGAGAAAAGCGGAGCAAACUGCAAAAGCUCUCGGUAAAGGGAUUUUUGCCAAUGCAAUUAGACCAAGCACUUCAGCUGGCCAGGGAUCAAGGUUGAAAGUGGGUAACACUGUAAAUGUUGCCAUUGUGAGAGUUAUUGGUGCUGAUACGCUAGCUGUAAGAGUAGCUGGCGGCUCGGAUGAAGAGGCUGUUGUACAAUUGGCAUCCAUCAGGGCACCAAAGCCGAAGGACACUACCUUGACCACUGAUUCGGCAAAACAACAAGCUAUUGUUGCUACAGCUCGUGAAUUUGUUCGAUCCAAUUUUAUCGGUAAACAAUUUCAAGCCCAUGUUGAUGGGUAUAGAGAGGCCAAUAAGGAGUUGGGCAUUGAAGAGCGUCCUCUCGUUACCAUCUCUGAAUUAUCGGAAUCUAUUGUUGCCAAGGGAAUUGCAUCGGUGAUUAAGCACGGUAAAAGUACCGAACACGAACGAGCUAGCAAUUGGGACAAGCUUGUGGAGUUGGAAGAAGUUGCCAAAAAGCAAAAAAAGGGUAUUUAUGGCGACCUUGAUAAAUUUGCAACUGUCAGUUCCAGAAUUGUCGAUGCAUCUGAAACUCAAGCUAAAGCCAAAACAUUCUUGAAUGGAUUUAAAUCAAAAGGUAGAGUAUCCGGAUUCCACAUCCUGUAUGUGCCAAGAGUGAACAAGGUCAAACUUUUCAACCCAAAGGAAAGCUUAACUUUGAAUUUGAUUCUUGGUGGAAUCGCCAAUGAUGAUUCGGAAGAAGGGGUAAAGUACAUCACAAAAAAGUUUUUCCAAAGACCAAUUGAGUUUGAAGUUUACGAUAUUGACAAAGUGGGAUCAUUCAUUGGGAACUUGUAUCACGGUCCAUCACUUGUUCAAAAGGAUUUGGUUUCACAAGGGUUGGUCAAACUUUCCGAUUUCGUAAACACCAAUCCAGAAGCAUCCAUCCUUAUCAAUGCUGAAGAUAAAGCGAGAGAGCAACAAAAGGGUAUUUGGAAAGGAUACGACCCUAAUGCCGAAAAGGAAGUUGCUAAAACCACGUCUCAACUACAAACUGCUAGCAUAACCAAGCCUGAGUUUUUCGAUGUUGCCGUAACACACAUAAACGAAGAUGGUGUCUUGUAUUUCCAAAAAGAUUUGAACAAGUUGGAUCAAUUUGAAUCUGAAUUUGAUCGUUUCCAUGCACAAACCCCAAGUGCUUCCAAACUGUCGCAGGAUUUACCAGCUGGAUUAGAAAAAGCUCCGAGAAAGGGCGAGUUGGUAUCUGCUAAAUUUGACGGUAAAUACUACCGUGCCAAGAGCUUGGGCGUAGUCAAGGGCAAAGUUGAAGUGUCGUUUAUCGAUUAUGGAAACAUUGAUUACGUCGGAGUUAAGGAAUUGCGUUCAUUGCCAACCAAAUAUGCAUCGAUUCCUCCAUUUGCAUUUAGCGCCACUUUACAGAACUUGCAAUUACCACCCAGAAACACCGAUUACUACACCACGGCCAUUGAGUUCUUGGAAGACUUGACUUUGGAUAAAAAGUUGGUGGCUAGUGUAUUGCCAGGAAAAAACACAACCUAUGAGAGUAUUUUAUAUGAUGCUGAGGAAAGCUUAAAGGAUGCCACGUACACUAUCAAUAAGGAGUUGGUUAGCCAAGGUUGGGCUAUUGUUGAACCCAAGACUGUUAAUCCGGCAGUGAAGAAAUAUGUUGAAGAGUUGGUGGAUGUGCAAAAAACUGCAAAAUCGCACCACAGAGGAUGUUGGGAAUUUGGUGAUGUUUCUUUCGAGGAGGAAAGCUUGUUGGUGUAG